GUAGGAAGAAAUCGUUGCAUCAUUUGCCACUCUUCCCAAAUUUCGGAACACACUCUUCCCCGAACUUCAAAAAACAUGUCUUUCCAAUCUCCACCACCACCAUCACUGCUCCACCCGACCCAAAACCCGAACCAACAAAAACCCAAACCUGAAGAAAAGAAGAGAGACUUCCUGACUCACCUGGAAACCUAUCUCGCCAAACGCGACGGCGUCGACAAGCUACUCAAGAUCUCACGCUACACCUCAAAACUCAUCCUCGCCACUUCCUGGGCCAAGGCCCAAACCCAAGCCCAUAACGGCCCAUCUCUCUACAACCGCCUCAAGGCCUUCGAGUCCAGCGUCGGCAUCAGCCGCAAGUCCCUCCGCCUCGGCAAAUUCGUCCAAGACCUCAACGCGCUCCGAGCCCUACAAAAACCGCGCGGGAAAUCCACCACCAGCUCCUCCGAUCUCGACUUCUUCCUCUCCGUCGUCGCCUACGGCGGCGAGGGAAUCUACUACUUCGUCGAGCAGCUCGUCUGGCUAUCCAAAUCGGGACUCAUCGACCCGAAACGGUCGCGUUCGUUUCAGAAAAUCAGCGCGUGGUGCGAGUUCGUAGGGUACUUCGGUAGCGUGGCGUUGAAAUUCAGGGAUUUGAAGGUGAUCGGAGAGGACGAAGAGUGCUUGAAAUCGACCGUUGAAAUUGCGAGUUUGAGAGGGGAAUGUUGUGAGGUGGAGGAAGAGAGGUUGAGGAAGGUGAGGGAGAAGAAGACGAUGAAGAAGCUUUCGAUUCUUCAGGAUUUGGCUGAUUCGGUUAUGGCUUUGGAUGAUAUGAUCGACGGCAAGGGACCGUUUUCGGGGCCGGUUUUCAUGGCUUCCGCCGGAUUGUUGUCUGCUCUCAUCAGCACUCACAAGAAUUGGAAAUCUUGUUAAACUUCGCCGGUUACAUCAAGUUAGUUAGUUAGUUAGUUAGUUACUGCAUAAUCUGAAUUUCAGUUUACUUGUCUAGAACUGUUGAGGAACUUGUGAAUGGAGAUUCAAACACGCUUGUAGCAUGUAGCAUGUGAAAAUUCUACAUCAGUUCCGUAAUAAUUGUGGCUUUGAAAACACUAAAUUCGAAGCUGCAAUUACUGCAAAAUUGAUGGAGAAUUGCAGAUGAGGAUGAUUGGCUUCUCUGCAUUCAUUUAGACAGGAAUGUAAAAUUGCCUUUGUGCUUCUCUGUAGAAUUAAAUUUAGGAGGGUAGUGAUUAGCUUAUAAUCAAAAGCUUCCACAUUUUUUUGGCGGGUGGGUGUGUGGUAUUGUGGACAAAGAUGCCAAUUAGUUUGAUUGGCAGCUCAUUUGAGCCGAACUUGGGAGUUUGGUAUCACCAAAAAGGAAUAAGAUGUCCAUACCUAUAGACUAUUGUCUUUGAAUAAUUGAUAAGUGCUCCAAAAUUUGGUAGUAUAAAUUGGUUUAGGUGCACUUUGUU